UCAAAGCUCAACUUACACAAGUUAACUAGAUCAUAAAAUAGAUGCAUUACUUUGUUUUUUUAGCCCUCAAAGGUGAGACUUCUGUAGCCAAUUUCCCACAACACACAGUAUUUGCCGAGGUGUAUCACAGGUGAGCUCCUCCCUGAAAUAUGCAGGUCCGUCCUUUGCUCUUGUCCGCUUGACGCGCGAGUUUGCGUUUCGGCUGUGUGUGUGUGCGUGUGUGUGCAAGGCUUCUCAAGGCUUUUUUUCUAGUAUUACGAAAUGUAAACGUAUUUACUGUUAAUAUGGGUCGACGUGCAUUUAUCCUGGAGGAUCCAGCAAGUGGAAAUCCCAACACUUUCCUCUCCAGUCUGGUUGAAUUUUGCGUGGAUUCGGUCUCUACCUGUUUCUCCCAUGACGCAGACAAACUUUGCGUCCCCAUCGGCCUAAGCUUUCUGUCAGCGCUGCUCUUACUGCUCUCAUGCUUUGUGCUCCUGUGUCAGGGGUGCAAAUGUCGGAGACAAAAUCCGGGAGAAACAGUCACCUUCCUCUACAGCCUUUUCGGUAACCUGUGCAGCACAGUGGGAGCCAUUCUGUCCAGACAGCUGCAUAUUCAGGUUUUAAUAGGUGCUGUUGCUGCUGCUGUGGAUGCUGUGCAUUUUAUGGCUUGCUUCCCUUUCCUGUGCUGGAACUCAAAGGCAGAGAGGAGGCUGAGGAUGAUGAGGGCGCGGAGGAGGCAGAACCUUCUCGCAGUGUGUGUACUGAUGGUGGUUGCAGGAGGUUUUCUGAAGUCCAGGGUCACCCAUCGCCCAGCAGACAGGCCUCUCAGCAGGAGGAGACUGCUGUACCUCACACUCCAAGACAACACUGAAAUCCUGGGAUACGUACUUGGCCUCCUUUCCUUUGUCAUCGCCUGUACCUCUAGGUUUCCUGCACUCCGCAGAGCUUACAGAGGACAGAUGUUGACCCAGGCCUACAUGUUCUCUGGACUGCUGUGCUCACUGGCGGGUGCCCUCUAUGCUGCUGCCAUACUCCUCUAUGACACUCAGCUUGGGUUUCUUUUGAAAGUCAUGCCGUGGUUGCUGUCAACAAUAUGCUGUGUCACCCUGGACCUUCUUAUUCUAGUCAUCCAUUGGUGCAGAAGAGGAACCAGACAGCAGCUUACCAGUUUUUCUGCAGACACAGAGAGCCUUUUAGGUGGCUCAAGCAUGUCCACUGAGGAUAAGGGUGUCAUGGAAAGACAGAGAAAGCAGCAAAUUCAUUCUUCAGCACAAGCCAAAACAAAAACAUUCCAGAAGAUGACUGAGAUGGGCCGUUAUAUGGAUGUCAAUGUCCAACCAGCAAGAAAAAUAUGCCUUAAGAAGGUGUUGUCCAAGGAGGAGGUGGAGGACCGGUGUAUCAACAGGAAUGUGCAAUUGACCAGAGUCGACAGAUUCUGCUCCUCAGAUACAUCCCAUGAUUCUUCGCUAGUCAGCUCCGAUCUGGAGUGGGAUUUUGAAGAGGCAGCUGCCCUGUGGAGUGAAGCAACGGCAAAACAACAGCACCCUCUACUACAAGAGAGUGUCUCCUCUCCAAGCAUAGCAAAAUGACAAAUGCAUUUUGCUCUCAGUUAAUAAUGUGAUACACAUCUGGUGCACUGAUUUGAGGGGGUUAAUAAAAAAGAGUGUAAACACUGA